GGGCGGGCAGCGCGCGCGGGCCAGCGGUGUGACCGGCCAGCGGGUGACGGCGCCGCCAUGCGAAACAGGACCCUACUGCGAUGGCUCUUUUGUGGCAUUGUGCUCGGAUCGCUCAGCGCGGGACGCGGCCAAGAGGACGAGGAGGAAGAGCGGCCGAAACGGGUGGAGAAGCAGCGGUACGAUGGCUGGUACAACAAUCUGGCCCACCCUGAGUGGGGAUCAGUGGACCAGCGUCUGACGCGGAAGACGCCGGCCUCGUAUGCCGACGGUGUGUACAUGAUGGCCGGCCAGGAUCGGCCCAGUCCCAGGAAACUUAGUCAGAUAUUCAUGAAGGGAAGAGACGGCGUGCCCUCCCUGAAGAAUCGAACAACCCUUCUAGUCUUCUUCGGACAAGUUGUGUCGUCGGAGAUCCUAAUGGCGUCCGAAAUGGGCUGCCCGAUUGAGAUGCACAAAAUCCAUGUGGAACGGUGCGAUGAAAUGUACGACAAGGACUGCAAGGGCGGCAAAUACAUGCCCUUCUACCGGGCCGGAUACGACUCCAAGACCGGGCAAAGUCCAAAUAUGCCGCGAGAGCAGAUAAACUCCAAGACCAGUUGGAUCGACGGCAGCUUCAUCUACAGCACCAGCGAGGCCUGGCUCAACACCAUGAGGUCAUUCGAGAACGGCACAUUCCGUUCUGACGCCGGCGAAAUGCCGCCCAAGAACAAGGAGCGCGUGCCUAUGCUGAAUUACCCCAGCCCGCACGUGCUCAAGACCCUGUCGCCAGAGCGCAUGUUUUUGCUGGGCGACGAGCGGACCAAUCAGAACCCGGCGCUGCUGGCGUUCGGCAUCCUGUUCUUCCGCUGGCACAACAAAGUGGCCUUACGCGUGCAAGGAGAGCACCCAAACUGGAGUGACGAGGAGGUGUUCCAACGCGCUCGCCGCAUCGUGGUAGCCACCUUCCAGAACGUCAUCAUGUACGAGUACCUGCCCGCCUUCCUGGGCGACACGGUGGACGCGUACGAGGGCUACCGAGCGGACGUACACCCAGGCAUAAGCCACGUGUUCCAGUCGGCGGCCUUCAGGUUUGGACACACUAUGAUCCCUCCGGGCCUGUAUCGACGAGACAAGCAGUGUAACUACAAGAAAACCGCCACCGGCGACGAGGCACUCCGGCUGUGCUCCACCUGGUGGGACUCGAACGACGUCCUGCAGGACAGCACGGUGGAGGAGCUGCUGAUGGGCAUGACGUCGCAGAUCGCCGAGCGCGAGGACGCCGUGCUCUGCUCGGACGUGCGCGACAAGCUGUUUGGACCGAUGGAGUUCUCGCGCCGUGACCUGGGCGCGCUCAACAUCAUGCGCGGGCGGGACAACGGCCUGCCCGACUACAACACCGUCCGCAAGUGCUUCAAGCUGCCGAUGGUCACCAACCUGACGUCAGUCAACCCGGAGUUGAGUCGCGAACACCCGGAGAUCUUCGACGAGCUGAUGGAGGCGUACGGUGGUGACGUCAUGAACAUCGACCUGUACGUGGGUGGCAUGCUGGAGAGUCGAGACGGACCGGGCGCGCUCUUCCGGGCGAUCAUCAAGGAGCAAUUCCAGCGGCUGCGCGAUGCCGACCGGUUCUGGUUCGAGAACUCUGAGAAUGGGGUGUUCUCGGACACUGAGGUGGAGACCAUCAAGAGGGUGCGCCUGUUCGACAUCAUCCUCGCUACGACGGACAUCGCGCGGGGCGACAUCCAGGAAAAUGUGUUCUUCCACACGGCCGGCGACCCCUGUCCGCAGCCGUUGCAGCUGAACGCCAGCGAGAUGGAGCCGUGCCGGUACCUCAGCGGCCACGACUACUUCCAGGGAAGCGAGGUGCCCUACAUCUACGCCUGCAUCUUCCUGGGCGCCGUGCCGUUACUGACGGCCGGCGCCGCAUACGGCGUGGUCAAGCUGAUGAACCGCCGCCGCCGCCGCUACCGCAUGCUGCAGGAGGAAAACAACAAUGGCAAGUCCACUGACAAGAUGUUUGUCACGGAAUGGCUGCACCAGAACCACAAGCGCAACGUCAAGAUCAAGUUCGGCCCGGACGUGGCCUUCGUGACGCUCAACAGGAAGGGCGUCAAGCUGCGUACAGCGCGCUUCAAGGGCACCGAGACGGUGGUGGUCGAGGUGACUGAGGACUCGCAACACAAGCCGCUCUGUCUCAUCAGGGUACCCAACGACCACGACGUGGUGUUGGAGUUCGACAACCUGAACACGCGCAAGCGCUUCCUUUCGAAGUUGGAGCAGUUCCUGGCUGGCCACCGCAAGACCAUGGAGACCGUUUCCACUUUUAAGGAGCACAUGCUGCAAAACGCCGAGACCAAGGAACGCCGCCAGAAGCGACUGGAGCACUUCUUUCGGGAGGCGUACGCACUCACCUUUGGCCUCAAACCGGGAGAGAAGCGGAAGAUGGAGGUCUCCAACGACAUAAUCAUGGUGAUGCGCACGUCACUCACCAAAAAGGAGUUUGCCAGCGCGUUAGGCAUGAAAGGCGACGCUGUGUUUGUGCACAAGAUGUUCAAUGUGGUCGACAAGGACGGCGAUGGUCAGAUCAGCUUUCAGGAGUUCCUGGACACCGUUGUCCUCUUCUCCCGCGGGACGAUCGACAACAAGUUGCGCAUCAUCUUCGACAUGUGCGACAACGACCGCAACGGCACCAUCGACAAGGACGAGCUGUCCGAGAUGCUGCGCUCUCUGGUCGAGAUCGCCAAGACCAACAGUCUAACGGACUCUGAGGUGACCGACCUCAUCGACGGCAUGUUUCAGUCGGCCGGGCUCGAAGACAAGGACGUCAUGACUUACGACGACUUCAAGCUGCUCAUGAAAGAGUUCAAGGGUGACCUAAUCGCGAUCGGCCUGGACUGCAAGGGGGCUAAACAGAACUUCUUGGACACAUCUACCAACGUCGCCAGAAUGCCUAGUUUCCACAUGGACGCCUUUAACGAGCGCCGCGAGCACUGGUUCUGGAAACGCUGGGACAGCUGGGUGACAUUCCUGGAGGAGAACCGACAGAACAUCUUCUACCUUUUCGUCUUUUACGUCAUCACGAUCGCGCUGUUCGUGGAGCGAUUCAUCCACUACAGCUUCCUGGCCGAGCACACAGACCUCCGGCACGUCAUGGGCAUCGGCAUCUCUAUCACGCGCGGUUCGGCGGCCUCGCUGUCCUUCUGCUUCUCGCUGCUGCUGCUCACCAUGUCGAGGAACAUUCUGACGCUGAUGAAGAACUACUCGAUCCACCAGUACGUCCCGAUCGACUCGCAUAUCCAGUUCCACAAGAUCGUGGCGUGCACGGCGCUCUUUUUCACCAUCCUGCACGCCGUCGGUCAUCUGGUCAACUUCUACCACAUGUCCACCCAGAGUCUGGACAACCUGCGCUGUCUCAUCAAGGAGAUGACGUUCCAGAGCGACGCGCGACCCGGCAUCGGUUUCUGGCUCUUCAACACGCUCACUGGCGUGACGGGGGUCAUCCUGUACAUAAUCGUCAUCAUCAUCUUCGUGUUCGCCCACCCACUGGUUCGGAAGCGGGCGUACAAGUACUUCUGGUACUCCCACUCGCUCUACUACCUGCUCUACAUUCUGUCACUGACGCACGGGCUCGCCCGGCUCACCGGCGCCCCAAGAUUCUGGAUAUUCUUCAUUGGGCCGGCGAUCGUCUACACGUUUGAUAAGAUCAUCAGCUUGCGCACCAAGUACAUGGAGUUGGACAUCAUCGAGACGGAGCUGCUUCCUUCGGACGUCUUGAAGAUCAAGUUCUACCGGCCGCCCAACUUCCAGUACCAUUCAGGCGAGUGGGUGCGCGUGGCAUGCACGGGCGUCGGCGACGAGUACCACAGCUUCACGCUCACCUCGGCACCGCACGAGAACUUCCUCUCAUGUCACAUCAAGGCGCAGGGACCCUGGACCUGGAAGCUAAGAAACUUCUUCGACCCGGUCAACUACGUGCAGGACGAGGAUGCUCCUCCGCCGCGGAUGCGCCUGGAAGGGCCGUUCGGCGGCGGCAACCAGGACUGGUACAAGUUCGAGGUGGCCGUCAUGGUGGGCGGCGGCAUCGGCGUCACGCCGUACGCCUCCAUCCUCAACGACCUGGUGUUUGGCACGUCGACCAACCGCUACUCGGGCGUCUCCUGCAAGAAGGUCUAUUUCCUGUGGAUUUGCCCAUCACACAAGAGCUUCGAGUGGUUCAUUGAUGUUCUCCGUGAUGUGGAGAGAAAAGAUGUCACUCAAGUCCUGGAGAUGCAUAUCUUCAUCACGCAGUUCUUUCACAAAUUCGACUUGAGGACAACUAUGCUGUACAUCUGUGAAAACCACUUCCAAAGGCUGUCGAAUCGCUCGAUGUUCACGGGCCUAAAGGCCGUGAACCACUUUGGAAGACCGGACAUGGCGUCCUUCUUCAAGUUCAUCCAGAAGAAACACAACUACGUGUCCAAGAUCGGCGUGUUCAGCUGCGGGCCGCGGCCGCUCACCAAGUCAGUCAGCACGGCGUGCGACGACGUCAACAAGGGCCGCAAGUUACCCUACUUCAUCCACCACUUCGAGAACUUCGGCUAGGCGCGGUCGAGCGGCAGCGCGGCCGGCCGGACCGCCCGCCCGACCCGGUGGCCACGGGCCGGCCGCGCCUCCCUCCGUGUUGGCUCUGAUGAGGCUGGCGGCCCUACAGCGGGCGCUCACGUACUGUGCGGCACGCGACGGCGCAUCUGUGGUGGCGCGAUGGGGCGCUACGGUCGUGGCACGGGCUGCCUUGCCGGGGCGUGCUGCGCGCUGCCGGCACCGCACGCGCACCGCGGGUGGCGCGCGUGCGCUCGGACGCGGCGGUUAUGUCGCCGAAGUGCGGCGAGCGUGCGCUCCGACGGCGUUGUGCGGUCCGGCGACCGAGAGCCGGCCGUUCGGUGGCUCGUCGCGCGAACUGUGUUCCUACUUGGGGACAGGUGUGCGGAUUGCACGGCGUGUGAGAGAGCUCUGAGGGCGUCAGCGCCCGCAUCAUUGGACAGUGCGUGUGCCGUCAUGUUAGCUAGGUCCAACGGAGCGGACAGCCCACGGCCGCGCGCGCAUCCAGAAUGGAAGUAAGACACAGCAGACCGGCCUUGUCGUGGCUGGUCUAUACGGGAUAGAAGUCUUUCGUAAUAUUAACAGCCGACCGUGUGGCACCGGUGUGGGGUUCUGGCUCCAACACGCUGGCUGAUGGCAUCGUCCCCACAGCGUACGUGCUUGUCAUUACGAAAGCGGCGGUAUUAAUGAAAGAAUGCUCUUAAAUCCGUUUAUUUAUACACUCACGCGUAUGUUUUGGAGUGAGACAUGGGUCUGAAGUCUUUUAUUCGGCGGCAGUGGAAAGACGACGGACGUGUUUACAGUUCUGUCGCUCCGUGUACGUCGCCAAUGUAAGUUUUGCAGCAGUCGUUUAAAUCUUUUGGCUUUCUGUGACCCACACGAGUCUAGACGCAGCGUAGUUUUAGUAUGGCCUAUAUCUUGAUGAAUAUUUGCUGAAUAAACAUCCGUGUAAAAUGUAGUUUCGCCCCUU